AUGGUUCUUGGACCUGAUUUCUUUCCUCGAUGGCUCUCCAUGGGAGAUUCCUGUCAGGAGGGUUCUCCUCUCACAGGCGGAGGAAGAAAACUGCCUUGUCGGCCAGAGAUGUUUGAUUUUGAGGGUAUUUCUAUGACUCACUUUUCACUGAAAAACUGGGAAAAAGUGAGAAAUUUUCAAUCAAGACCUGAUGACAUACUAAUCGCCACAUAUCCCAAAGCAGGUACCACAUGGGUUUCUUAUAUACUGGACCUUCUGUAUUUUGGUAAUGAAGAUCCAGAGUGUCAGACUUCCAAGCCUAUCUAUAUGAGAAUCCCAUUCCUAGAGUCAUGCUUUCAAGAGUUUUCAACGGUUGCAGGCACAGAAAUGGCAGAUAGUCUGACCACCACUCCUCGUCUCAUCAAAACUCAUUUGCCUGUUCAGCUAGUACCCAAGUCCUUCUGGGAUCAGAACUCAAGGAUUGUGUAUGUAGCACGUAAUGCGAAAGACAAUGCAGUUUCCUACUUUCAUUUUGAUCGAAUGAACAUGGUACAGCCUGAACCAGGGGACUGGAACCACUUCUUAGAGAAAUUUCUGAAAGGAAAAAAUGUGUUUGGUCCUUGGUAUGACCAUGUCAGUGGAUGGUGGGAGAAAAAACAGACAUAUUCUAACCUACUGUACUUGUUCUAUGAGGAUUUGGUCGAAGACACUGGACGUGAGGUGGAACGUUUGUGCUCAUUCUUGGGUUUGUCCAUUUCAGCUGAAGAGAGGGAAAAAAUAACAAAAGGGGUUCAGUUUGACACCAUGAAACAGAACAAGAUGAUCAACCAUGUCACAAUCCCUUUCAUGGACUUCAAGAUCUCUCCCUUCAUGCGAAAAGGUAAAGUUGGAGACUGGAAAGGUCACUUCACUGUGGCACAAAAUGAACAGUUUGAUGAGGUCUACAAACAGAAGAUGAAGAAUACCACACUCAAGUUUCGCACUGAGAUUUAAUAUUUGAGUUCUAGAUCUCUUUGAUUGUUAGUGAUAUUGAUUAUUAGAAACUGAUUGUUAGUGAUAAUGUGUAUAACUUUCAGGACAGAAAUACAGUGACCUCAGAAGUAUUUUUUUUAUUUUAUUUUUUUUACUCUGUCUCAGUUUUAACCAGUGACAGACUAAGGGCCAGAUUUACUAACAGCUUGCACCAGUGCAAACCGUCUUUUGGCAUUAAAAAAGAUGUACAGUGAAGAAUUAGUGCUGAAAAGACAUGGACAUGCCUGACCUAAUUAAAUAUUUAAUUUCUUUAAGCUCAGAGUUUCCGAGUUGGUGGCAUGUCAACGAGAAACAUGGCG